AUGGCGUCUGCAUCAGAAAUCGCUCGUCGUUGUGGUCCAUGCGAUAUCCUAUUUGAUCACAAAAAAUCUUCCAUGUCGUUAUCCACUGUUGGUUUGCCAAUGGAUUAUGUUACUGCAGUAUUUUCUAAAAACUAUGGCAGGAAAAUAAUGCCUGAGUACGAAACAGAAAUUGACAAAGCUUGGCAAAAGAAAAAGGAAACUCAAUCAAAUUUAUACAAUGGAGCAAAGUUUCGUUUAAAUGGUGUCACGAAAGAGGAAAAAGGCAUUAAGUUGCAAUUUGGUCUUACUUGCUACAAAGAUUUUCAAUGCACUAACAUGCAACCAAAGUCGGUUUUAGAAAAGCUACAAGAAUACGGAGAAAGCAAAUUCAAAGAUAUUUAUGCGUGUAUGGUUAAUCCUACCUUCUCUACUGUUUUGGUGAAGUCAAACGAUGAUCAUAUUGUUAUGCUUAAAAGAAGUCAUAUGGUAGGCGAGUCUCCUGGAAUGAUUGACUUCCCUGGUGGUCAUAUGGAACCAAAUGAAGUUAACAAAGACGAGCAGAAUGGAAAUAUGUGUACUUCUAAUAUUGUUAAAGAGUUCUUUUAUUCUGCCUUGAGGGAAGUGAGAGAUGAGGUUAAUCUCCCUGAAUCUUCAAUGAACUGGCCAUUACUGUUAGGAAUUAUUAGAAACAAUACAAUUGGCGGGAAGCCAGGUGGAUGCUUUUUUAUCAGUUGUUCAUACGACACUGAUGAAAUCAAGAAAUUGUAUAAUCAAGGAGGUUCAGAAUCAUUUGAAUCCACUGAGAUCAUUUUCAUCAAGCUUAAGGAUCUUUGUGAUGUAAAUUCUGAGCAUUUUUCAAAGCUAACGGCAAGCAUAACUACUUGUGCAGCAGCUGCUUGUGAACUGUUCAGACCAUACAUAAAACAAAUGUGAAAAUUUUAUUAUUUUUUUAAAAGUGAAUAUAAAUUCAGUCAUUUGAUAUUUAGGUAUAAACAAUUGUAGAUUUACCAAUGCUGUAAAUAUUAUUACUUUUUGGUGAUCAGUUAUCUUUAAUAUUUAAUAAAUAUGAAGCUCAUCGCUUAUGACGUAAAAGUA